UGGCGCCCGCCGACGCGGGAAGCGCCGGGCCUGGGACUGUGCGUCCGUGUUAAAAGCUUCCCACUCCCUCCCGAGGCCAUCUCUCCUCCUUUCCGGGGGACGCGCCGGGACGGUGCACCGCAGCUGGCGUUCCCUGGUCUGCAGUGCUCCAUUCAGCCUGAACUCUAAAAGAAGAGCCCUUUUUGAUGGAAGACAAUAAACACUGACCAGUCUCCAGCUAGAAAUUUUCGUUCCAGUCGCUGUUUUCAGACUCUGACCCCCUAAAACAAUGCCAAGAGUAAAGGAAGGAAAAGGUAAAUCUAAAGGGGCUCCUCCACCCAUCGCUCCAGUUCUUCAACAGUUCCUGAAAACCUAUGAGAAGCACUGUGCACACUCCCAGACAUCCAUGUGUCCAGCCAUCAGAAGAGACCUGAAAAGCAGCAUUGACAGUGAGCAGAGCCUCAGGAGGUUUACACUCAUAAGACCUGCCGACUCCCUGCCAGGCCUCCCACCGGUUUCCUUAGAACCUCUGCUCAUGACAAUCCGAGAUGAGCGGUACACCCCGGGGAAGGAGAUCUGCAUCUGGGGCCUUCAGCUGAGCAAUCCAGAAAUUGCCAGACUCUCUUGCCUUCUGGAAUUGACAGGGCGCACUGCCUGCCCAUUUACUACGCUGGAAAUCAUUGCUUGCAAGAUGGACCCAUGGUCUCUAGGGCGACUUGGGAAGGCUUUGCAGUUCAGCAGUUUGCUUUCUCUUGUCCUCGAUUAUUGCAGAUUUGGAAAUGAAGAAAUGGAGUGUAUCUUCUCAGGCCUGGAAAACAAUAAGAGGCUUCAAGGUCUCAGUCUGCGUUACUGUGGGCUGGGGCCGUGGAGUGGGCCACGGUUGGGAUCCAUCAUCAGCCGGAGUGCCGUCUGCAAGCUGCACCUUGAUGGCAACUCUUUGCAGUGCUCUGGAGCUCUGGCUCUGCUCAGGCCCCUAGUGGAGUAUGCAGAGAUGCAGGGGAAAGACCCACCAGGCACAGCCUCUCCUGACACUGGAAAUUCACCUCAGCUGCUCCACAAAAUAAGGAAUAAAAAGCGUCUAACUGAAGCUGGCCCUUGGUUAGUGAAGUUGCAGUUGGCAGAUAAUGGCAUAGAUGGCAAAGGAGAAGAAGGAGAAAACUUGUUGGAAUUCACACGAAUGCUGACGUGCCUAAUCAAAUACUCUGCCCAUUUAAGGGAAAUUGACCUUGGAAACAACGACCUGGGAGAAACUGCUGCUGCUGAUGUCCUUGGAGCCCUGAGAGCCAGAAAGACAGGAAAACUACCAGGAUUAAAAAUUAGAGUCACUCCUCAGAUAUCUUCCGAUACCUUUAGAUCUAUUUGGAAAAAUAGCAAGAAAUCUAAAACUACCUAUAAAAAGAAGAAAAAGGCUAAAAACUGAAUUACAGAGGCUGUAUUUCCCUGUGGAGCUCAUCUGUUUCCACAGCCAACCAGACAUAUCUAGAAAGACUGCUUGUUCUGCAAUAAUAUUUUUCAAUAUAAGUAAACCCUUUCUACACUCUUAAAAUUUGGUAGGUCUCUUUUAUGAAAGUUCGAAGUAGCACUGAUGUGAUGGCACUUGUCAUGCUUUAUAAAGUCAUGCCUGUGAAAUGCAUGAUUUCAAAGAACUGUAUUAUUUACCUAAGACAUUUCCUUCAUAAAUAUGCCUAUAGUUGUAAAAAUAGGGAUGUUUGGAAAUAAUAGUCAUUUCCUAAAAGACAAUAUCCCUAAAAAUUGGACUCUUCCCCAAAUGAGGAACCUUCAUAGCACUCAGUCGUACCAUGAAUAAGACAGCCUCCUGGAAAACGGAAGAGGUAUGGUUGAUAGGUGUGUGGAUGAUCAGUUGGUUCAGCUGAGUUUUAUGUGCCAUGAAAAUAUGGUGCAGACGUGCAGAGCGCACACUGGGAAUUAGCGAUGCCAGAAUUCUCUGUGGAGAACCAGCUUUUCCACAUGUGUGGCCUGUGGCAAAUCUGCUAACCCCACUGUGCACCUCAGUUUCCCUUUGUGUAAGAGAAAAAUAAAAAUAGCACCUAGCUCAUUUGAUGAGCUUUGAGUGAGCUGGCACAUGUCAAGUAUUUCUGGGCAAUGUAUUUCUCAGAAUAUUCAUUCAAAAGGAAGCACUGGAGCUGCUCUACUGUUGUUGUUUUGUUGUUGUUGUUGUUGUUGUUGU